CAUCAACAUCAAGACAACAAAAAAGUCAUCCUUCAUCCAUCUGGUCGAGUCAUCAGCUUCUUCCAAUUCUAAGUGAGAGCCGCAAAUCUUGAAGCACAGCAAACAAAACAACCACUUCCCAGAAUGAAGGAAGAAGAAAGCCUCCUCUCCACCCAAACCCAAUCGGGCCAACCCCAAAUCCAAACCCAAACUCAACUUCUGCACUACUGGGGCAACACCCCAGAGCAAGAAUACUACAAUCUCCAAGGCAUCAAAGCCUCCAAAUCCUUCUACACCUCACCCAGAGGCCUCAAACUCUUCACCCGGCAAUGGCUGCCCCUCCUCUCCCCUCCACGUGGCCUCAUCUUCAUGGUCCACGGCUACGGCAACGACAUCAGCUGGACCUUCCAAGCCACCCCAAUUUUCCUCGCCCAACAGGGUUUCGCCUGCUUCGCUCUCGACCUCGAAGGCCACGGCCAAUCCCACGGCCUCAGGGCCUUCGUCCCCGACGUCCAUCUCGUGGUCCAAGACUGCCUCGCUUUCUUCACCCUGGUCAAGCAGCAAGAACCCCAAUUUCUAAACGUCCCCUGUUUUCUCUACGGCGAGUCCAUGGGCGGCGCCAUUUGCCUUCUGAUCCACUUCGCGGAGCCGGAAGCUUUUCAAGGUGCGAUUUUGGUGGCACCCAUGUGUAAAAUUUCUGAUAAGGUGAAACCCAGGUGGCCAAUUCCUCAAAUUCUGACGUUCGUGGCCAGAUUCUUUCCCAGCUUGGCCAUUGUGCCCACCGCGGACCUCAUGUACAAGUCUGUGAAGGUGGAGGAGAAGAAGAUCAUAGCGAAUAUGAAUCCGAUGAGGUACAGAGGAAAGCCGAGAUUGGGGACGGUAGUGGAGUUGCUCAAAGUGACUGAGUAUGUGAGUCAGAGAUUGGGCGAUGUAAGUCUUCCGUUCAUUGUGUUGCAUGGAAGCGCAGAUGUUGUGACUGAUCCGAAUGUGAGCAGAGCAUUGUAUGAAGAGGCCAAGAGUGAGGAUAAGACGAUCAAGAUUUAUGAAGGGAUGAUGCAUUCCUUGCUGUUUGGGGAGACUGAUCAAAAUGUUGAUAUUGUUCGCGCUGAUAUUCUUUCUUGGUUGAAUCAUAGAUGCCAUGCCAGAGGAGGAGGAGCUGAAUGACAUCAAAUUACUACCUUUUUUUUUCUUUUCCGAAAUGGUAUAUCAUAUUUUUCAAUUAUCACAGAGAUUCAAAUCAAAACUAUUUUUGUGU